AGAAAUGGACCAAUUUUAACAAGAUGUAGUGCUACAACGUGCCUGAUGGGAUAUGUUCAGUCAUGGCAUCUGAACUUUGUAAGACGAUCUCUGUGGCAAGGCUGGAAAAGCACAAGAAUUUGUUCUUAAAUUAUAGGAAUCUGCACCAUUUCCCAUUGGAGUUACUGAAAGAUGAGGGACUGCAGUACUUGGAGAGACUCUAUAUGAAAAGGAAUUCCCUUACAACCUUGCCUGAAAAUCUUGCUCAGAAGCUUCCAAACCUUGUGGAACUGUACCUUCAUUCAAAUAACAUAGUUGUGGUUCCAGAAGCCAUUGGGUCCCUUGUAAAACUCCAGUGUCUGGAUCUUAGUGACAAUGCCUUAGAAAUUGUUUGCCCAGAAAUUGGUCGUCUGAGAGCUUUACGUCAUCUUCGAUUAGCUAAUAACCAACUACAAUUCCUACCUCCAGAGGUUGGUGAUUUGAAGGAGCUGCAGACACUAGACAUUUCUACCAAUCGUUUGCUAACUUUACCCGAGAGGCUUCACCUGUGCCUUUCUCUGCAGUACUUAACUGUGGAUCGAAAUCGUUUAUGGUGUGUACCACGUCAUCUCUGUCAGCUUCCCAGCCUCAAUGAGCUCUCCAUGGCUGGAAACCGUCUUGCAUUUUUGCCACUUGAUUUAGGUCGAUCUCGAGAACUACAAUAUGUGUACGUGGAUAACAACAUUCACCUGAAGGGCCUGCCAUCAUAUCUGUACAAUAAAGUCAUCGGGUGCAGUGGCUGUGGUGCUCCCAUUCAAGUUUCAGAGAUGAAGCUCCUUUCCUUUUCAUCAGGGCAACUCACUGUUUUCCUCCCAGCGGAGGUUAAGUCCAUAGGGACAGAGAAGGAUCACGUCCUGCCUCUGCAAGAGUUAGCCAUGAGGAGUCUGUAUCGCACUUACCACCAGUUUCUAAAAGAUUUGAACUUUCUGUCUCCAAUCUCGUUACCCAGAAGUUUUCUGGAACUGCUGCACUGCCCCCUGGGGCACUGUCACCGGUGCAGUGAGCCCAUGUUUACCAUUGUCUACCCCAAGCUCUUUCCCUUGAGAGAGACGCCGAUGGCAGGGCUGCACCAGGGGAGGACAACUGUGAGUUUUGUGGCUUACUGCUGCUCCACCCGGUGUCUGCAGACUUUUGACUUACUGAGUUGAUAAACACUCAUCAGCC